UGAUUGGGGGAAACCAUUUUAACACUUGCACUUUACAUCAUCUGUUUUGGAAAUAUAUGUAAGUUAAUGUUAAAAUAAAACGUCCGUGGUGUUCUGUUUAUGGCACUAUUGACGUUUAUGUGUAGGAUACAAUUGACAAUUGAGUAAUUGUUAAACAAUGAUUUUUUUUUAAGCCACUUGGUCCCGCCCUCGCCUCCCGUGGAUCCUUCCAGAAGUCGCCGGCAGACCCGUGCGGCUCUCAACAAAGCCUCACUCCAGACAUAUACACCUUAAAGUCUUAAUUUCAUCAGUUAAACACUUUAAGGUGUCUUAUCUACUCGUUCAACAUGUCCAGUUUGGGGACGCUCGCUUUUGAUGAGUAUGGGAGGCCUUUUAUCAUCAUUAAGGACCAAGACAAGAAGACACGGCUAUCGGGCAUAGAAGCAUUGAAGUCUCACAUUAUGGCAGCUAAGGCAGUUGCGUCAACGCUUAAAACAUCUUUGGGACCUAAUGGUCUUGACAAGAUGAUGGUUGACAAGGAUGGUGAGGUCACUGUCACCAAUGAUGGUGCCACUAUUCUCACCAUGAUGGAUGUGGACCAUCAAAUUGCCAAACUUAUGGUGGAACUGUCAAAGUCCCAAGAUGAUGAGAUUGGUGAUGGAACCACUGGAGUUGUUGUGCUGGCUGGGGCUCUUCUCGAUGAGGCAGAGCAGUUGCUGGAUCGCGGUAUCCAUCCCAUCAGGAUUUCUGAUGGUUAUGACCAGGCUGCACACAUUGCCAUUGAGCACCUGGACAAAAUAGCAGAAACCUUUCCCUUUGAUCCAAAAAACAGAGAACCACUCAUUCAGACUGCCAUGACCACACUGGGAUCCAAAGUUAUCAACCGGUGCCACAGACAGAUGGCAGAGAUUGCAGUAAAUGCCAUUCUAACUGUCGCUGAUAUGGAAAGAAAGGAUGUUGACUUUGAGCUUAUCAAAAUGGAAGGCAAGGUGGGAGGCAAGCUUGAGGACACACAGCUCAUCAAGGGAGUUGUGGUUGACAAAGAGUUCAGCCAUCCUCAGAUGCCCAAGGUUCUUAAAGAUGUUAAAAUUGCUAUCCUUACCUGCCCAUUUGAGCCCCCUAAACCCAAGACCAAGCACAAGUUGGAUGUAACCUCUGUGGAAGAUUACAAAGCACUCCAGAAAUAUGAAAAGGAAAAGUUUGAGGAGAUGAUCCAGCAGGUCAAAAGCAAUGGCGCUAAUUUGGCGAUCUGCCAGUGGGGCUUUGAUGAUGAAGCCAACCACCUUCUGCUGCAGAAUGAACUGCCAGCCGUGCGCUGGGUUGGUGGGCCUGAGAUUGAGUUGAUUGCAAUCGCCACAGGGGGUCGCAUUGUGCCAAGGUUCUGUGAGUUGACACCAGAGAAACUUGGUACAGCAGGUGUGGUUAAAGAGAUCUCCUUUGGCACUACAAAGGACCACAUGCUGGUCAUUCAGGAGUGUAAAAACACCAGGGCUGUAACUAUUUUCAUUCGUGGAGGCAACAAAAUGAUUAUUGAAGAGGCUAAGCGUGCGCUCCAUGAUGCUUUGUGUGUAAUUCGCAACCUUGUCAGAGAUAACCGUGUGGUGUAUGGAGGUGGAGCUUCAGAGAUUUCAUGUGCCCUUGCUGUCAAUGAGGCUGCAGAGAAAUGUCCAUCAUUGGAGCAGUACGCCAUGAGGUCAUUUGCUGAUGCUCUGGAGGUUAUCCCAAUGGCAUUGGCUGAGAACAGUGGGCUGAGCCCCAUUCAGACAAUGACAGAAGUCAGAGCCAAACAGGUCAAAGAGAACAACCAUUUCCUAGGCAUUGAUUGUCUGCAGAACAAUACCAACGACAUGAAGCAGCAACAUGUAAUCGAAACCUUGAUCGGCAAGAAGCAACAGAUCUUGCUGGCUACACAGGUGGUUAAGAUGAUCCUUAAGAUCGAUGAUAUCAGAAGCCAGGGAGAGAGCGAGGAUUAGAGUCUUCCCUGAACAUCAUCAAAGUUCGGCUGUGCUCUGGAAAACUGAAUGACGUGUGUUCUGUCAUAGAGGCUUUCGGCACUUCCCCUGAGCACCAGGUCCAAAACCGCACUGCAUAUUGCUAUUUAUAAUUUGAUACAAAAUGUCCCCGCUGUUGUCGUAUCAAAGUCAUCAUUAAAGUGCUAAAAUUUCAA